GGGGGAACAUCAGGCCUUGCCUAUUCAUUCUACAACCCACCCAGAUCAAACACCAAGCCCAAAAAAUAAUAACAAGACAAAACUAUGGACGAACUAAUGCGGCAGUCGGCACAGAACCAGAAGAGUCGUUCGCCACAAAUCAACGGCAACGUGGGCUUUGUCACUCCUAGGUGCAACGCGGAAGCAGAAGAGACCUCCAAUAAAGCUUCAUGUUCCGCAGAGUGCCCGAAUCGUUCGCUCAUCGAGUUUGGCUACAAUUUCGAGGAUGUGGAGGGCUGGUCGAUGAUGAAACAGUGGCCCAAGGAUAAGUUGGCCAACAUUCUGCAGUACAUGGUGGAGUCACACCUGAAGACCACCCUGGUGAUUAAGAUCAGGAACUCGUACUUCAACUGCCACUUGUCGGUGCUGCAGGUGUACUCGCAGUUCUUCAUGGAGCUGGUGGAGUCACCGAUGAUGGUGACGCUGCCUGAGGAUCUGGUAACGCCCAAGGCUUUUAUGAUCAUUUACAAGUGGAUGCUCACCAGUGAGCCCUGCUUGGACCGCACGCGCAUUGUCGAAUUAUUCAUCGCUGCCUCCUAUCUGAGGAUCAAACAUCUGCUGGCCCAUUGUUGGAUGUAUUUUGACGACAAGCAAUUCUUCAAUGAGGUCACGGCAUGUAUCCUUUAUGUGGAGACGCGGUACCACCCGUCCCUGGACAUUGUGCGCAAUGUGAUGCUCACGCGUAUCCACCAGUUUGUGCUGAUCUUUGCGGCCACAAAGGACUUUCUGGAUCUACCACACAAUCAUUUGAUUUACUUGCUCAGCUCGAGCAGGAUCGCUUUGAAUACGGAAGUUGAGGUCCUCUAUAUGGUGGUGCGUUGGAUGUGUCACGACUGGAGCACUCGACGUGCGUACGCCGUACAGCUUGUGGAUUGCAUUCGAUUCAAUUGUAUGCCACUCUGGUUUAUGCUUUUUGUGCGCCGCGACGAAACCCAUGCUCAGCUGUUGGAGUUCUUGAGUCUGGACGAAGUCAAUGAGAAGGUUACUGAUGCCAUCACCAACAUCACAUCCGCCAUGUACGACGACCAGAUCUUUGGCACCAGUUUGGCUCAUAAGGACACUCCGCAUCAGCGCAACUGGAUUCACGACAAAUCCUGUGACUAUCACCAUCUGAUUGGAUGCCCCAAUACCCGGGAGAUCCGAUACGAGAACUUUGAGGCAUACAUGUGUACGCUGCAGCAGAAGCCGGUUGACUAUUGGACCAGAUUCGAGUCCAUCGAAUUGAAUGUUGUUGGACCCUGUCACUGCAUGAGGGAGAUCUUUUAGUGUUUCUUUGCAGUUUACAGAACAGUUUUACAGUUAAAAGAAUUACAAAUUUAAAUUACGGUUACAUAACGGCUACUUAUUCCACCAGGUGGCAGCGCCUGUAGAGGUGGAAACAUCGAUGUUUUCGAUUUUUUUCCAUUAAAGUAAAACUAAAUAAGUCAAGUGAAAAUUAAAAAACUUUUA